AUGACAGCCGGUGCUGGAAAAACCGUUAUUGCGCAAAGCAUUGAUACUGCUGUGGCCUACAUUUAUUGCAACUACAAAGAGCAACCAACAGUUUACGACCUUGUUGCAAGUCUUUUGAAACAACUUGUUGAAGACUUCUCUCGUACCUUCAAAGAUGUCGCCAGUAGUUAUGAAUCCCAUCGGGAGAAAUGCUACCGUCCAACUCUGGAAGAGAUUCACAAGACACUAAUGUCGGAAAUCAAACGUUUUUCGCAAGUUUUUGUUGUCGUCGACGCUUUGGAUGAAAUUACAGAACUUGGUGCCAAUCGUUAUGAACUGCUCAAAAAGCUCCAAUCCCUUGAAUGUCAUCUCCUGGUGACUUCACGCGAUAUCAAGUCAAUAGGGGAUGCCCUUCGUAACGCCUUGUGUAUGCACGUUCGUGCACAUGAAUCAGAUAUACGCCAGUAUAUCGAAGGCCAUAUCCUACCAGGGACAACACUGGAAGGGCUCAUCGCUACAGAUCCCCCUUUAAGAGAAGAAAUUGUUGAAGGCGUUACGAAACAUACAGAUGGCAUGUGA